UCACGGGCAUUCCUCCCCCGGACUCGAUUGCACAUGUUUAGAGACAUCGUAAUGACCAACCCCGAGAAAAUAAAGCACUACCAUGAUAUAUGCCUCGCAUCUCCCAUUAUCCCAGCUGCAGCCCGGUCUGUCUCCUUCAUGACUCUCAACAUACCUGCGAUCCAAAGCCCACUGAUUCCAUCCAUCCUGCGGCUCACCACCAGCAUUGAUACCAUCCAGUUCGUUAACGUUCAUUGGGACAAGCUGCCCCAGGAGGUACUCGACAUCGUUAGCUCUUAUCCUCUCACCAAAAUAUUACUCAAUAACGUCGUCAUCCCAUCGGCCCUUCCCUUCUUCUCUUUCUUCCGCCGCUGCGCCACUCGCGUGCCAGUGGAUCUCCAUAUCUCUGGCAUGCUCCGCCUCGAAAGCGCCGCAGAAGAACAGGCAGCGGACGGAGUAUCUCCCGACAAACCUAUUGCCGUUCGAUCUCUGAUCAUUCGAUGCCCAGAUCCUGCACGAAAAGCCCUUCGUGCUAUCCUUCUAUCCCCGUCUUCUCCAUUCAAUUUGCGCAUUCUGACGAACACCGUAUUCACCAUGAUUGGAUACGACAUCGGGACAGACCGUAAUGCUAUUCUUCUACGCGACAUAAUUUCAUCGCCGAACAUGAGUCGGAGCAUGAGGAGUCGUUUCAUCAUGCAAGAACCCCCAUCGUUCAUGCUCCAUAUCCCUUCCACCAUCCAGAGACUUUCAUUCGCCAUCACUGGUUCUCCUCUCCAAGUACUCGCCUUUCGGCCGAGUUCGAUCCUACGAUGGUGGAUUGACGGUCUCCUGCGAUCCAAGUGCUAUUGCUUGGAGCAACUGAACGUUUUGACCUCGUUGUUGCUGGAUGUGUGGAUUAUUGACGAUGAAGCGUUGGAUGCAUGGGCUCACCUCGACGAAGAGCUUUCCUCGCCAAGCUACGAGGUGAAGGUCAUGUGUAUUGGUAUAGGACACCAAGGACUGCUUGAUGACCCCGUUCGUUAUGCGGAGGUGGUCAAUACUUUGACCAAGUGCAUGCCUGGACUAGCGAAGAAGGAUGCUCUGAAACUGAUAUGUGACCCGGAACCGUCACCGCGGAAGCCAGAGGCAGGUGCGGCUUAAUAUUACAUUGAGUACUAGCUACAGACGAAGGACAAAUUGUAGGCCAAGGCGCCAUCAUUAAUUAAAGAUAUGAGAAAAGAGAAAUUUCGUCACCAGC